UUUUAUUAAAUUGUAUUACAAAUACUGUUUUGAGUUUAUAGCGAAAACAAUGUCCACGUCUUUGGAUGAUAUAGUGAUCAGCGGAAUGUCGGGUCGAUUCCCACUGUCGGACAGUGUCGACGACUUCGCCCGCAAUCUCUUCUCUGGCGUCGAUCUCAUCACCGAAAGCGACAGUCGUUGGCCUAAAGAUUUCUGUGACAUAUCCUCUCGAAUGGGACGCAUUGAGAGUUACGACAGAUUUGAUGGAAAUUUCUUUGGUGUGACCCCAGAAAUGGCCGAAAUUAUGGUUCCUGAGAGCCGUAUGCUAUUGGAGGUGGCGUAUGAGGCAGUUAUGGACGCCGGUGUGAGUCCCAGAUUACUAUCAGACAGUAAAACGGGUGUAUAUGUUGGUGCUGUGAACUACGGGCAAAUGGAUGGCCACCCACAAUACCCAUUGGACGGGCACCAGAAACAAAUAUUUGACGGCUUCCACGAUAUAAUGUUUAAUUUGAAAAGUUUUUUUGCGGCAAACAUCUCAUUUCAAAUGAACCUAAAGGGACCGUCACUUUUGGUAGACACGGCCUGUUCGUCCGGUUUAGCAGCACUUUGCCUCGCGUAUGAGGCUAUCAAAGCAGGCACCAUUGAUCGGGCGAUUGUUGGCGGAAGUCAUAUGCUAUUCAAUCCAAUGAUUAGUCAAUACAAGCAAUACAUGGGUAUGUGUUCUCCGAGAGGUGUGUCCGCCGUAUUGGACGAGUCAGCGGACGGGUACGUCAAGUCAGACGCCGUGUGCUGUCUAUUCAUACAACGAGCUAAUGAUGCGCACAGAGUGUACGGGCGUGUGGUGUCGGCCCGCAUGGGAAUGGAUGGCUACAAAACUUUGGGUCAAUUCUCCCCAUCGAGUGAAGCCCAGGAGGCGCUUAUGAUAGAGGCGUAUAAAUGUGAAAAUAUUGAUCCCUUAAAACUGACAUAUUUUGAGGCACAUGCGACUGGCACCAAGGUCGGAGACACUGAGGAAAUAAAAGCUAUAUAUAAGGCUUAUUGUGAAGCACCGGGACGUAGGAAACCGCUGCCCAUCGGAUGCCUAAAGAGCUCAAUGGGUCACUCGGAGGGGGCGUCAGGAGUGGCGGCGAUCAUCAAAGUGUUGAUAUCAUAUGAAAACGAAUCCAUUCCUCCGAAUCUGAAUCUCAAAAAUCUGAAGCAAGAGUUGAAGCCAUACUUUCCACCACUUCUAGCGAUCAAUGAAAUACUGUCGUAUAAACCGGGUUUGGUCGCAAUCAACAACUUCGGUAUCGGCGGCGCAAACGCACACGUAUUGGUUGAACCCAACUAUAAGUUGCAAACCAGUGAUGGCCUAAAAAUUGCCGAAACUAUCCCCAGAAUUGUCAACAUUUGCGGCAGAAAUGAGGAUUCA